CGAUUAGAUUGCAUAAGAUAGUACGGUAUUAAAGAAGCCAUUGCAGUAUCAGAAGAAACUCUAAAGAGAGUGGACGUUUGUUGUAUUGUACAAAACUUAGUGCGAAGAAACUUAAACCAUGCCACGACGAGGACGUGCAUCAGCUCCUCCACCAAGAACAGUUAGGAGGGCUGCCCCAGCUCCAGCUGCUCAUCCUCCAGCACAUGCUCCGGCAGCAACACCAAUGGUGGCCCAACCUCAACAACCAUCCCUCAUGGGACAAAUGGCCGCUACUGCUGGAGGUGUAGCAAUUGGUUCUGCUGUUGGUCAUACCAUUGGACAUGCAGUGACUGGUCUUUUCAGUGGAGGCUCCAGUGAAACUGCAGCUGCACCUGUAGCAGCCCCUGCUGCAGCACAAAGUGCUUCAGCUCCAGCACCUGCUGGUGGAGCUUGUGCAUGGGAAGUCAAGCAGUUCUUGGAAUGUGCCCAAAAUCAAUCUGACCUUACAUUGUGUGAAGGAUUCAAUGAAGCCCUUCGCCAAUGCAAAGCUUCUCACAUCAUAGCUUAAAUAACUAAUUUUCCAAAAGCAGAAUGUAGUCCUUGAACAAUAGGAGAAACUUAGGAGAUGAAGAUUAUAAAUUAAUUUGGUAGGUUUACCAGAAAUUUGAAUUCUACUAAUAUUGAACUAAAAUUGUAUGGAUCAU